CGUUGAUUGCGAAUGCCGUUUCCUGGAAGCCUCGCGAAGUUCUUUUUAACUUUUUCUUUAAAGAGAAGACAAACAAAGGACUAAAGAUUUUAUUCUAGUGGCUAACUUCGGUUCGCCUCCUCUGUUUCCUGAUUCCAAUGGCUUCUUCUUCCUCUUCUUCUUCUUCUUCCAAGCCCAGGAGGAGUUACGAUGUUUUUCUGAGUUUCAGAGGUCCAGACGUCCGCAAUCGGUUCCUCGGUCAUCUCUACGCAGCUCUAGACCAGAUUGGGAUACACACUUACAUCGAAGAUGAACAGCUGAGGAAGGGGGAACAGAUAUCGCCGGCACUUAUGAAGGCGAUCGAGGAGUCGAGCAUCGCGAUCGUGGUUUUCUCCGAGGACUACGCCUCUUCGCCUUGGUGCUUGGAAGAGGUGGCGAAGAUCAUGGAGUGCAUGGAGCAGAGAGAUCUCGCGGUCUUUCCGGUAUUUUACAAAGUGGAACCAGGAGAGGUGAGAGGGCAGAGGCAGGGUUACGGUGAAGCCAUGGCUAAGCAUGAGGUCAAGUUCGGAAAGGAUUCAGAGAAGGUAAAGAGAUGGAAGAAAGCUCUUGUUGACGCUGGUAGCUUGUCUGGGUGGCACUUUACUGAUGGAUAUGAAGCAGGGCUUAUACAACAUAUUGUGCAGGAGAUCUCAACUCAACUAGAUCGAACGCCAUUAAAUGUAGCCAAGUAUCCGGUUGGGAUAGAUUCCCGAGUACAAGAGCUUAAAACAAUCUUAAAUCUACAGUCCAAGGAUGAUAUUCUUAUGGUAGGAUUGUGGGGUCAAGGUGGUGUUGGGAAGACAACCCUUGCUAAGGCCAUUUAUAACGCUCUCUUCGGAGAGUUUCAAGGUGCUAGUUUCUUGGAACGCGUUCGAGAAAAUUCUAAAAAUUCCAAUGAUUUGGUUCCUUUGCAAGAAAAAUUGCUAUCGGAGGUAUUACUAGGGAAGAAAUUAACAGUUUAUAGUGUCGGUGGAGGAAGUCGAUUAGUUCAAGAUAGACUUUGUAAUAAGAAAGUUCUUAUUAUUCUUGAUGAUGUUGAUGAUGCAUGCCAGUUAAAUGCUUUAGCUGGAAAUUGUGAGUGGUUCGGGAAAGGAAGUAGGAUAAUUAUCACAACAAGAAAUAAGCAUCUGUUGACUUCUCAUGGGAUAGAUUGGGAUCAUAUGUAUGAAGUUAAAGCUCUUGAGGAUGGGGAAGCUCUUGAACUUUUUAGAAAGCAUGCUUUUCUAGGAAAUCAAGAAAUACAAAUAAGUGGCGAUCUUGUUGAUCGGGUUUUACAUUAUGCGAGAGGCCUUCCUUUGGCUCUUGAGGUGUUGGGUGCUUUCUUGUGUGGUAGAGGAGAACACGAAUGGAAAAGUACCCUGCAAAAACUUGCCAAAAAUCCUGACAAAAAGAUCAAUGGUGUGUUAAAGGUAAGCUAUGAUGGGUUGGAGGACUAUGCCAAGGAGAUUUUUCUGGACAUUGCCUGUUUCUUCAAGGGGCAGAAAACAGAGUAUGUUAAGAAAGUUCUUGAUAGUUGUGAUUUUGACACGACUAUUGGAGUGCAAAUUCUCAUUGAGCGCUGCUUGAUCGGUGAAGAGUUUUGGAAGUUACAAAUGCAUGACUUAGUGCAAUUAAUGGGUAUGGAUAUUGUUAGGGAAGAAUGUCGUGAUGAUCCCGGAAAACGCAGUAGGUUAUGGCUUUAUGAAGAUGUUCUUGAUGUUCUAUCGGGAGAUGUGGGAAUAGAUGCGAUAAAAGCCAUCGUUUUGGAGCUACCGAAGCCGGAAGAGACGUAUAUUGGUCCUAAUGCUUUCAUAAACAUGAGAAAGUUGAGGUUACUCAUCCCGCUUAACGUAGAUAAUUCUUUCCCAGGGCCCAUCCAUCUCCCUAAUGAGUUAAGGUGGUUCGAAUGGCCUAAUUGUGCCUGGAUGCCAGAGUUUAGCUAUGGUCCAAAGAAGUUAGUCGGACUUGAAAUGCGGAAGAGUAAGAUCAAAGUCAUGGGGGAACAAUUUAAGGAAUUUAAAAAUUUGAAGUUCCUUAACUUUAGUGAAUGCCAGUCGCUGGUUUGUAUGCCGGACCUCGAUUGUACUCCAAAUCUUGAGCAAUUGGAUCUUCAUGGGUGCAAAAACUUAGAGUGUGCCCACGCAUCAGUUGCCUGUCACGGCAAAUUACAAUUGUUGAAUUUAAGUGGGUGCUCCAACCUACAUGAUCUUCCUGCUCUGCUCCACUCCAUGAAUCUUCAACAUCUUCUUCUUGAAAAUUGCUCAAAGUUGCAAAGAUUCCCUGAUAUUCCGGUUGAAAUCAAGGGUUUGCAAGUCCUUAAUUUAAAAGGGACUUCAAUAGAGGAACUUCCUGCAUCCAUAGAAAAUUUCAGCUCUUUAAAGGAAAUGGAUUUAAGCUAUUGCAAGAAACUGGCAGUCCUUCCGUCUAGCAUUUACAAGUUGCAAAAUCUUACAAGCCUAAGGCUUGGAGGCUGCACAACACUGAUCAAGUUUCCAAAGGAGGAGGAGGAGGACUCAAGUGAUCCCCAUACGAAGACGGGAUUUCCUAAGUUGACUUUUUUAGACCUUAGUGAAUGCAAUCUGUCAGAAGUAGAGUUUCUGGAGAGCCAUUCCUGUUUUCCCUCCUUAAGCAAUAUGUAUUUGAGGGGAAACAAUUUUACCUACCUUCCUGCUUGCGAGCAUCUAUAUAAGUUGAAAUGGUUGGAUGUUUCGUAUUGCCAAUAUCUACAAGAGAUCCUCAAGAUUCCAAGGCAACUGCAACAUCUGUCAGCAGUGAGUUGCAAAUCUCUGAGUAAAAUUCCCUCCAACAUAUGUGACGUUGAUGUUGUUGACUUCUCUUCAUGUCAUGAGCUGCCCCGCACUGGAUUCACUAUGAAUGAUUUGUUCAAGCUUGAGCAAUUUCGUCCCAAAGUCAUUUGCGACCUUCUUCUGCCUGGAGGAGAGAUGCCAAAGUGGUUGCUCCCGGAUAACGAGGGUUCUCUUUCUUUCAUGGCUUCAAAGGACUUGUAUGAGAAGUUCCUAGGACUAGCUUUCUGUGUUGUGUUCCAAGAAGGAAAAAGGAAAGAAGAAUUUAACCUUCAAGCGUACGUUAAUGGCAAGAAGACGAUGGAAGGCUCAAGCACUUUCGGUUCAUUGGAUUUGGGUCAUGUGUGGUUUGGGUAUUGCGUACCAGAGGUGCUGUGGCAAGGAGAUCCUUUUGGUCCAAAUGACUGGAGUCAUUUCCAGCUUAUCAUUAGAGCACCGCCUAGUGUAAUUGUCAAAAAGUGCGGAUUCCGACUAAUAUGCAAGCCACUAGAGAACGAUUUGGAGGCUUUGCUUCAAGACGAUCAGUUGCUGGAUCCAGCUUUACUCUACGAGGUUUCGCAUGAAGAUAGUCAAAUGAUCAUGGAGGAAGAAAGCUAAAGAGAAACAGGAGAUUUACUAGGUAACAAAACUGGCUCAGAGGAAAAUAGUUUAUGUAACUUAGUGCAGCAACUGUCGGACAUGGCUACUCAAUCUUUCCAUCCAGAAUUUGCUUGUUGUGAAAUUUUGUAACAUCGACACGGUAUGGCUGCUCAACACUAACAAGUUUCUAUAGAAGGAGAAGGAUUCGAGUGAUCCCCAUACAAAGAUAAGAUUCCUUAAUGGUAUGGCUUUCAGACCUUAGUGGAUGCAAUUUAUUAAUAGUAGAUUGCUUGGAGAUUGAUUCCUGUAUUCCCUUCUUAACAUAUUUUGGUUUUGCAAGGGAAUGGUUUUUAUGGCAUGAGUGUCCUAUAUAAUGUAGGAAAGGAUCGAAUGUCUAAUUAUUAUACAAGAU